ACUUCCUGUCCUGUGGGUGGAGUCUCUCCUUCCAGAUGGUGCUCAACACAACUGCCAACCACGCACAUCUUCCGGUUACUGGAAUUAUUAGGAGAUGGAUCAGUGUUUGCUGUUUCUUCUGCUCCUGCUGAUGGGUAAAAAUGGAUUAUGUCAACAAGAGGAAGUCUGCACAAAGUCAGCAAUCAACUCCUGCAGUGACUGUAUCAAGUCUGGGCCAUACUGUGUGUGGUGCCAACAACUGAAUUUCACCAAAGCAGGUGAGCAGGAGGCAGUACGCUGUGACACCAGAGCUCAGCUGAUAAAGAACGGCUGCAAGAGUAAAGAAAUCAUCUCUCCAAAGAACAAUCAAACCAUUGUCCAAAAGGUUCCUCUGUCUGAGUCAUUCAACCAACAGGAGCCUGUCCAGCUGAGUCCACAGAGAAUUAGUCUGAGACUGCGACCCGGGCUUCCUACCACAUUCAGUGUUACAUUUAAAAGAGUUGAGGGUUAUCCAGUUGAUCUCUACUACCUGAUGGACCUCUCUAACUCCAUGAAAGAUGACUUGGAAAAUGUCCAAGAACUGGGACAAGAUCUUUUUGCAGCUCUGAAUAAAAUCACAGGGUCUGCUCAAAUAGGGUUUGGUGCCUUUGUUGAUAAGACAGUCCUGCCUUACACCAACACCAACAAGGAGAAACUUCUGAAGCCAUGUGGCGAGAAUGACCAGCAGUGCCAGGCUGCCUUUGGUUACAGACAUGUGCUUAGUAUGACACCAAGGAUAAAUGAGUUCAAAGAAAAAGUGAAAGAGCAGUUCAUUUCUGGGAACUUGGACUCUCCAGAGGGGAGCCUUGAUGCUAUGAUGCAGGCUGCUGUGUGUGGGGAAAAAAUAGGUUGGAGGAACAGCAGCACUCGACUGAUUGUGCUGACCACUGAUGCUGGAUUCCACAUGGCUGGGGAUGGAAAAUUAGCUGGCAUACUGGAACCCAAUGAUGAACAGUGCCAUAUGGAAAACAACCUUUAUACCAAUAGCAUUGACAUGGACUACCCAUCUGUUGGCCAACUAGCUAUGCAACUGGAGAAAAACAAUAUUCAGCCCAUAUUUGCAGUGACAAUAAAUGUGUCGACUGUGUACGAGCAACUCUCCAAAAUGAUUCCAAAAUCAGAGGUGGGAGUUCUGUCAGGAGAUUCUAAAAAUGUUGUUGGAUUGAUUGAAAACGCCUACAAUAGGUUGUCCUCCAAAGUAACUUUGACCCAUGACGAUCUCCCUGACAAUGUAAGAGUUGUUUUCACUCCUAAAUGCGCUCAUGCACAACCAGCAGUUGACGGCGAAGGGGUCUGUGACAAAGUACGAGUGGGACAGGAGAUUUCUUUUGAUGUCACAGUGACGGCGUACACAUGUAUGGAGGAAAAUUCUUUCACUAUCAGACCACUGGGCAUUAAAGACACAUUGACAGUGGCCCUAUCUACAAAUUGUGAGUGUCAGUGUGAAGACCCAAAAGACACCAACCACCCACACUGCAAGGGCAAGGGAAGAGUACAGUGUGGUAUUUGCAGCUGCAAUGAAGGCUCCAUUGGUCAGUUCUGUGAGUGUUCCAUUGGCAAUAAAGAUGAGCGUACCCUGCGAGCAUCCUGUCAGAGGCAGAAUGGCACUGAGUGUGAGGGUCGAGGAGACUGUGUGUGUGGCAGGUGCCAGUGUCACACCACAGAGAGUGGCAGCAGUUAUCAUGGUGUCUUCUGCGAGUGUGACGAUGAACACUGUGAGAAGUUCCAGAAUAAACUAUGUGGAGGAAAUGGUAAGUGCAACUGUGGCGACUGUGAAUGCGAUCCAGGCUUCGAGGGCUCAGCCUGUCAGUGUAAGGUGUCUACAGAAGGCUGUGUUACCCCCAACAACACUGUAUGCUACGGAAGAGGGAAAUGCAAGUGUAACCGCUGUGAGUGUAACGAGGGUUACCAGCAUCCACGAUGCAAGACAUGCCUUGGCUGCCCUGACCCUUGCCAGACCAAACUGAACUGCAUUGAAUGCCUUGGCUUUAACUCAGGUCCCUUUAAAAAAAACUGCAGUGUGGUUUGCAGCAGUAAUAUUCAUUAUAAUAUGGUAGAUCAGUUCACCAUACAAAACAAGAAGUGCCAGCAGAAGGACUCGGAGGGCUGCUGGAUCAAAUUUAAUCUGGACCAGUUGAUCGGAGAGGAUAACUACCAAGCUGAAAUUCUGAAACAAAGAGACUGUCCAGAACCACCCAGCGUCACAGCUAUCAUCGCAGGUUCCCUUGCGGCUGUGGCUCUCAUUGGCAUCCUGCUGUUGAUGCUUAUCAAGCUACUUAUCUACAUGAAGGACCUGAAAGAGUUCAAGAAAUUUGAAAAUGAAAAGAAAAAAUCCAAGUGGGCAGAGGCUGACAACCCAUUGUUCCAUAAAGCCACCACCACCGUGACCAACCCAACCUUCACUGGAGAAUGAGGACUGCCACUGCAGCACAGCACUCAAAACAGCAAAAAAGAGCUUUGGCAGGAGUUUUGAGUUAUGGAUGUAUGUCAGCAGAGUAUCAUUUGUUAUUGGGGAUGCACAAUAAUAUCGGCAUGCUAUCAGUAUCGGCUGAUAUUGACUUUAAAAUGAAUGAUCAGAAUCAGCUAAUGUGCUUUUUCGUAUUUUGCACAAUGAAUGAAUAUUAUAUACAUUAAAAAGCAUUCCAUUUAAUGUCUCCAUCUGCUGGUGGGCCAUCACGAUAAGCAUAUGCAUAAAUAAUGUGAUGUUAAAUCCACUACAGAAGAGACUUGAUCACUAAAAUUAGGUGGAUAUAUCAAUACGGUAGUGGUUAUCGGUAAAAUUAGUUGUUACAUCAGCAUAUUCGAUACCGACAAAAAGUCAUAUAUUGUGCAUUUCCAUUUGUUAUGCUAUUUGCAAAUGUUGACAUUCACAGAUUUAUUUAGCUACUAGUUGACUUGCUUACUUUCUUAAUGAUGAAUUUCUGUUAUUUACUGUCUACGUGAUUGUAGUUGUAUUGUGCAACUUAUUAUUCCAAAAAUUGCUUGUAAUAUUUACACAUGUGAUAUAUUAUAAUGUAUGUGGAUAGUAGGGCAGAGGUUGGGCAGAAUUUAAAGAUUUGUAACAUACACUCAUCGACUACUUUAUUAGGUACACCUGUUCAACUGCUCAUUAACAAUAAUAGCUUAUCAGCCAAUCACACCACAGCAACUCAAUGCAUUUAAGCAUGUAGACAUGGUCGAGACCUGCUGAAGUUCAAACUGAGCAUCAGAAUGUAACCUGGUUCUAGCAAGGUCUACCUAAAAAAGUGGCCAGUGAGUGUACAUACACUGGAUGCAUCAUAUUAGAACAUUGCUACUCAUUUUAUAUUUCAAAGCUAUUUCGCUGUUGAUGUGGCACAUGCUUCGUCAUUCCUAAAGAGAUCCUUUGAAAUGUAUGUCUGUGAAAUCAAAUUUAUUUUGGAGGUAAACAUUUUCACAAUUUGUUGUUAUUUUAAUUGUCAUAUAGGCUCAGUAAGGUGUAGUAAUCAAUGUUUCUGGCCAACAGACAACAAUAAAUCCAGUAUUCACUCUC